AUGACGAGUCCGGCAAAAGGAACAGACUGUCUAUUACUCGAGAAAAAGGUUCACGACAUGCGAGAUGAACUAAUCUUUGCUAGAAAGGACAUGUUGUGCCUUGGUGUGGGCGGCUCACCAUUUGAGGCAGUUCUAUUGUCAGAGUUCGAUAUUGUUUAUGUCACUCAGAAGGCGAUAAAGGGGAGUGCCUUGGUAGACUACCUGGCUCAACACCCCAUCAAUGACUAUCAGCCUAUGCAUCUAGAAUUCCCUAAUGAGGACAUCAUGACCUUGUUUGAGGAGGAAGUAGAGGAUGAAGACAGGGACAAAUGGAUCGUAUGGUUUGACGGUGCAUCUAAUGCACUGGGCCAUGGAGUUGGGGCAAUAUUGGUUUCCCCAGAAGAACAAUAUAUACCUUUUAUGGCUAGGUUGGGUUUCAACUGCACAAACAACAUAGCUGAGUAUGAGGCGUCUGCCCUUGGGAUCCAAGCGACGAUUGAUUUCUUGGUCAAGUUGCUCAAAGUAUACGGGGACUCGACAUUGGUAAUUCACCAGUUGAAGGGUGAAUGGGAGACCAGUGGCCAUAAAUUGGUACCUUACCAGGCUUACAUCAGGAAGUUGAUAGAAUUCUUUGAUGACAUAUCUUUUCAUCACAUUCCUAAAGAGAAAAAUUAG